AUGAAGGAUGCAGAUGCCAUCAAAUUAUUCGUCGGUCAGAUUCCAAGAAAUCUCCUCGAGCCAGAUUUAAGACCCAUCUUCGAAGAGUUCGGUCAAAUUUACGAGUUCACCGUUCUCAAGGACAGGCAGACUGGACUGCAUAAAGGUUGCGCGUUCCUCACGUAUUGCCAGCGGGAGAGUGCAUUGGCUGCCCAGAAGGCUCUUCACGAACAGAAGACCAUGUUUGGGGUGAGUUACUGUUGUUGUUGUUGUGUUGCUGUGUUGUUGUUGUUGUGGUAA